GGAGGCUCAGGCCAUAGUUGUUGAUGUAGCUGACGAGGAUGAUCGCUGACAGCACCAGCAGCAAUACGUUCAGCACCACGUUGCUCUGAUACAGCACCUGCCGCACCGCAGAAGAAUACCACCACCAAAGAGUUAGCAGCCGCCUCUAUUGCCUCAUGUUAUUCAGAUAAUACGAGUGGACACCGAGCACUGAGCAAAGAACGAGUGUGAAGGACCGUCGUGUUAGUGGCGGGUGGAAUGAAGGGCUUCGCAGGGCUGAGUGUUGCGGGCCUGGUAGUGGUAGUGGUGGUGUCCGUCUGCCUCAUCCGCCUCGCCCAGUGGACCAACUCCUCUUGUGACUCGGAGUGUCUAGAAACCUACUUCAGUGGGCAGGACAUUCUCAUCAAUCCCGCUCUUCUGCCACUUCUUCGGGAUAAAUAUUUGCACCCUCCUCCGAGCCAGCCUAACAUCUCGCGCCUCCACACGAGGCGGCUGCCCUGGAGGGAACUGCUAGAUUGGGACAAACUUCAGAUCACUCUCGAGGAUCUGUGGAAGGAUCAGAGCCCCGGGGUGUUCGUGGAGGUCGGGGCGGCCGACGGGGAGUUCAUGAGCCAGACGCUGGUGCUGGAGAGGAACCUGAGCUGGACGGGACUGCUGGUGGAGCCAGACCCGCGAUCCUAUGCCAUCCUGCAGCAGCGCCAACGCAACGCCUGGACCUCCCCGCUCUGCAUCGAGGCAAUGACGCCCAAAGCCGGACUACUGUGGAUGCACCACCAAGUAGAAGACUUACCGCCGGAGCUGCAGGGUCUGGUGCUGGCCAGGAGCAAGAUGAUGGAGUUCACCGUGCAGGGAGACCUGCGCCGGGGGACCAUCGUGCGCGUGCCCUGCUUUCCCCUCUCCAGGGUGCUGAUGGCCGCCAACCUCACCGCCGUGGACAUGCUGGCCAUCGCGACAGGGACGACGGGAGACCAAGACAGGAUCAAAGACGUCACUUACAACAAGAAACUGUUCCAUGUCAAGCGGUCGUGGGCGGGUCAUCGGGUCUCCCUCCUCGUGAGUGUCGCCACGCACGCCUACCACCACCACCACCACCACCACCACCACCACCACCACCACCACCACCACCACCACCACGCCCCCGCACGCCCUGGCCUCGCCCCGCCGCUCCUACCAGCAGGUUCAUCUCGUCAGCAGCUUUCGUCGUCACCGCUACUGGUAUUCCACAGCACGUACCAUAUUUACAAGUCAACCGCCUCAAGACCAGUUCAGACUACCAACUCUUCGGUGCCACCCUCCAGAGCCCCAGCCCACAGCCCACCCGCCAUCACGCAGCUCUCGCAUACUCCUGUUGAAGUUCGCGGUGGCUUCCAUAACGUACUAAGACCGGCUCAGUAGCGACACAAAGACCACGAUCCAACUUAUACGGUUCUUAUCGCUGCGCCGCCGUCAGGACCUUACCAGCAUCAUAGUUGCCACUACCACCACCACCACCACCUCCGCUCUCCGCCAUCCUGCCUUGCCCUCCACGCCUCGUCUUGCGCCUCACGUAGCAGAUGCAUAUCCUCGCGACGUGUGUAUGUUUCAAUGACGACUAUAGAGUGUUAAAUUAAUAAGCAAACACGAUUUGCAUACGCUAGUGAAAGAGGAACAACUUUAUCAAUUACUGUAUACAAAUAUGCGCACGUUGCAUUCUUGCCUCCAGCGGCCUCGUGCAUAAGUAUCACCGUCACUCAGACACAGCGGGGAGAGAGGCGCCAUAUGAUCCAGUGACAUUUGCCGCCACAAUUAAACCUUGUGAACGUUUAUCGAGAUUGACUACAGAUCGAUACCCGUGAUAGCAAAGCAGCCCUCGUCCCGCCAGCCAGCAAACGCAAGUGGAAGUUAACUGAUGAAUUAGUCAGUAAAUUCAGUGUUAAUCCAACUUCCUCAUUAACCCUUUACCUGCCCGCCCCUCAUACCUGUAACCCGCCGCCUCCUCCCCUCCCAAGCCCAGCCAACGCCCCUGCCACCCACGCCUGUCUCUCCGCGCCCUCAUUUCCCUGACAUGAGUGAGCGGUAAGCGUCGUGUGUCGUGUUGUUUAUGACAUCACGACAAACCUAAACUGACGGGAGCAAGAUCUUGUUUGCUGGGGGUUGAUGCUUUCCUGACGCCACACCUCCCUCCAACCCAACCCUGCCCAGCCCCACCUCUCCCCGCCCCGCUCCGCCCCAACCUCCCCGACACCCCAGAAACACACCGGUGAAGAAAUAUUUUCUCACCAGCGUCACGAAACACAAACACACACACCAUGAUAACGGUAUUUCUUUAUGUUUAAUCUUACAUUAAAUUUUCUUCUACAGGUCUUUUAAAAUUUUCAAAGGUUUAUUUUAUCUGUCUUUUGGUUAUUGAGCGACCAGCAAAUCGCUUAUUGUAUUGCUGAUUCUUUUCUUAAUUUUUUAGACCUUAUUAUCUGACUGACGCUCAUACUUGACGCUCCAUUCUUCUGUAACGCUAAACUGAAGCCCGGCAGUGUCAGUUUUGUUCUGAUCUGGUGGUUUCGAGAUCUCAUUUUUUUCCUUUAAUAUUCGCCGCUGCCAAACUCACACGGCCACGUAAACUGUGUCACUGCUCACUAUUGAACUCUUCCUCCCACAACCACCCCUGACCCCUGCCCACACACAGCCCACACAGUCCACAGCAGUCUCACCGCCACAGUUCUGACCUUCGCAGUGCCAGAGUGGGAGCAUCACUUUCACUCAGCAUACUGUAUUAAUUUCCUAUUCCUGCAACACUCGAGGCUGCGAUACGAGACUGUCACACUCACCGGACAGUUCGAGAGGUGUACUUGGAGGGCGUGGUGGGUGGCGUGGUGAGUGAGAGGCGUCACCGUCGCCGCCAGCAAGCAGUGUCCGAGCCGUAAGUCGCUGGGUGCCCCUGGCCGUGUUCUGGACUGCUGCAGGAACCGUGUAUCACUCGGUGCGCCAUACCAAACACGUCCCGCGCAUGCCAGGAGUCGUCUGCGCAUGUUGAAGAGUGCGCCUAUUCCGCCUCCCGACCCGCAACGCACUCACCAUACUCACGGGAUCGCAGGGCCAGAAUCAGCGGGAGCAUCGCCUCAGCAGUGGUCAGGCGGCCGGCGGCUGCAGCACUAUCCACCCCGGGGCCUCCACACCACUGACGGAAGCAGCAGCAGGAGCAGUAGUGCGGGGCGGCAGCGUGCAGAACACUCCCUUCGUGACGCCAUGAAGACACAAGCUGUAGAAAAAGGAGCCCACGCGUUUCGUCUUCCUUCCCAAUCCCGCGACCUAUGACUGUCUUCACCUGGAUGUCAGCACACCUCAGCUGACACUUUCCUCUGGACGGCUGACUCUGUGCCAAACUGAACUUCAUGUAAUAUUAUAAAGCGACAAAGGCAAAACUGAAGAAAUUGAAACCGAAACGUGAAAGUUGCUUCAAAGUGUUCUUCCAGGCGGCGUGAGUCCAGGGGUCCAAGGCAGCGUGACGGACAGCCUUGGCGCCGCGGACAGUAUCAAACCCCACAGACGUUGACAGUUAACUCCUCCAAUUGAAAGCAGUAUUACUAGUAUCCAAGUGCCAAAACGAGAGAAACUGUUGAUCGAAUUAAGGUCUUCUGUGUCAAUUAGUAGUGGUGUCUGUGAUGAGGAUAGAAGUGCUACGAGGGAAUAAGGGUACUCAGACUAGUAGUAUUAGAUCACCAGUAGUAUAGCACCGGUGUUGUCGGACGAGGUACUGACGCUGAAUGCUGCACUGUUACUGUUAACCUCUGAUAAGCUGCGCUAGUGGCGUCAACUAGUAACGAAACAAACUACUGCUCACCUGAACCAAGAGGCGCAUCACCUUAUCAGUAUUGCCAUCGUCUUCCUGAGUCUCGCCGCGGCACACCACAGCAAGACCAGCCACGCGCCAUGCACAGGCCACUCCACGCUGGGGGAUCAAACUUGUCUUCCACCUAACAUUCACAAGGCGCUUCUAAUACCCUUGACGCAGCCUAUUGCCCUCCGGACUCCUCCAGCCGGGCCGAGGAGCCACACGAGGACAGCACAUAAGAGUCUGGUCAAACGUGAGACCUUUAUAAGGGGUCUGAGCUGCCUCGUGACUGCCGUGAAGAGGUGAUAGAGGAUAGAUGAGGUCUGCAUGCCACUCAGUGUUUGGAAAGCGAAAUUUUGACUGGUAAAAAAGAAAAAAAAAAAAAAAAAAAAAACUUUGGUUAUUUUGUGGUGGAAGAAAAGUACUCGACUGUUGCUCACGUAAAGAAUUACCGAGCGCAUCAUUUGUUUUGCAAGAAUGACUUAAUUUUUCUGGGACAAAACAUUACUGGAAAAAAUAAAUAAAUAAAUAAUAAUAAUAAACUGUCAGAAAAGUUCAGCAGACGGAAACAAGUGAAGAUCAUAAAACAAAAAAAAAAAGAAAAGAUAAGAAUCACAAUUGGCCAGGUGAGAAAAGUAUACGGAAACCGGAAAAAGGAAAUCAGGAAUAGCUGGUUUUAGGGAGUUAUAAUCAAGGUGGCUUCCGAGGACAGCAUGCAGUACACGAAGUUGAGGAAGGGAAUGUUCUCACUUAGAGGAAAACCAAACUAAACCACACUAUAAGAACAAAGAACAGAAGGACUCGAGCAAAGAUCAUCAGACGUACCUUGAAGUCACACAAGCUUGAAUCUCACACGACGAAAGAAAAAGGGAAAAGAACACUAAGGAACGCAAUAAGAAAAACAGAGGGAGAGAGUGAAGGGGCGAAGCCAAACACGAGGAAUCUUGAAGUAAAUGAAUAAAUAACUAAAUAUAUACAGAAAUAGAAAAAAAAGAAGAAAAUAAAAAGAAAAAAAGAAAAAAAAAUACGAGCCUAAAAAUCUUUGUUGAAUCAGAUGUAUGUAAAUAAAAAAAUAACAUUAACGAAGAGGAAAACAAAGAAAACACGCAAAUAGAAACCAAAACGGAGAGAAAACAGAAAAAAAACAUAGACGUGGCAAAAAUAAACCGUGUGAAGUACAACAAAAGAAGAAAA